GGGUUAACAGAGUUGUGUUUACGUUUCGCCGUGAAUGUCUGCCACAGCUGAUUCAAUGAAGAAGAAGAAACGUUGCAGUUGCAUGUUGCAUUAACUUGUUUUUCUCACAAAGAAUGGAUAAGUGCCCGCGAUGCGGCUGCGAGGCCACUGGAGAGAAUCGCUUGGUCACUGAAAGUUGCGGCCACCUUAAAUGCCGGCUCUGUCUGGUCGCGGAUGUGGCGGAUUGCCUGGAGUGCAAAGUGUCGAAGCAGAAAAAGGACCCAGCUGCAGAGGAGAAAGAUGCGACACACAGAACAUCCUUGGACCAGAAGAUCAUAGUCACUGAUAAUGGCUACCACUGCACGGUGUGUAAGAAAGACUUCAGAAGUCGGACACACCAAUAUUACCACUUAUCCUGUGGCGAUGAUCUUCUCAAGAAGUUUAGCUGCAAAGAGUGCGGUCGCCGAUUUGCCACCCGAUCACACUUGAAGUAUCACAUGAACAACCACGAAAAGUCAUCUAAACACAAUUGUCACAUCUGCGGAAAGACAUUCCAGCAACUGGUGGUCUUGCAGCGCCACUUGCGCACCCACAACCAGGAGCGCCAUGAGUGCCAGCACUGCCCGAAGGCGUUUCGCAGUGAGAGCUCUUUGAAGUCUCAUUUGGUAGUCCACAGCGACCUUGGAUUGCCGUUCAAGUGCGAUGUCUGCUUGAAAUCCUUCCAGAACAAGGCCAACCUGAAGCAGCAUUCAAGGAAGCACGACCAAAAAAGUACCCGGCACAAGUGCAAAGAUUGCCAGAAGUCCUUCCUCCGCCAGACCACACUACGUUUGCAUAUGAAGCGACACUUGGCGCGCGAGCGACAAUCCUGUCCACUCUGCGACAAGAGCUACAACGAUGCAGAUGCGCUGGCGCGGCAUCUGAAGCAGCAUAAGACUGGCGAGCGGUAUCGAUGCAAUCUGUGCGACAUUACAGUGAGUCGAAAGGACAACAUGCUCCGCCACCUUCGUUCCAUGCAUCCCGGCUCCACUUUCGAAAGCAGUGUGGAAAUAACAUCCAGCACUGCCGCUGUGGAAGAAAGCGAACAACCUGCUCCGAACCUUAGAUACAAUAGCGUGAUCAAGAGCGUGGGAAAUGUUGAGCCCGUAGCGGUCCAUCUUCCCCAACCCAUGCCCCUGGAACAAAAUAUCCCUGCGCAAGUGCCCUUGCCACUGCCAGAUACAAUGCCAAAGGAGAAUGUCCAGCUGUAUCGGAAAAUAAUCCUGGACUUGGAUAACGAGGAGUACUCAAACGAGCUGAGUUUGGAUGAGUCGGACGCUGCACAAAAUGUGCAAGACUCGCCUUUGCACCAUCGGCAGCCCAGGGAUGCUAAUUUUAGCGAAAUGCACUGGCGAAAGAAUUUCAAAUGCUUCUACGAAAAUGAGCACACGAACUGACAAACUAGUUAUGAUGUCCCUUCUUGGCAGGGACUGCUGAUUUAUUAACGACAAGUAAAGCGUUAAAAGCCCAAGCGAACCAGCGACACCAUCUUGUUGGCCGCUCGCCAUAUUUCCGCGUGCCGAUCGACGUCAAUGCCAAGUUCCGCCGGGCAUUAGAAAAAGAGACAUAUUUUGCCGCGACUACCUCUUCAGUUUUCAAUAUGUUGGACGAGCGAUCGGAAGUCGAUACCCUGCGUGAAAUUUAUUACCUAACCGAUGGUGACGUUGGAAACUGGCGGAAGCUGCUGGCAUUGGGCGAUUGUCUGGACCAGCAGCUUAAGCGGAAACUGCUUUGGGUGUGGCCUACAUCAUCGAACUUGGACAUUUUCAAUCAGGUCCUGACCACCAGCGGUAUCCAGUGCAUCCUUAGCGUGGGCUGCGGCAGUGGUCUACUGGAAUGGCUAAUUUCCACGGUAGGCGGUCGGAAGGUCUCGAUAUUUGGCCUCGAAGUCGAUCGCAAUUGGUGGCACAGCAAGUACUCCGUGCGAAGCUUCAUACCAUUAAACUUUUUUGAGGAUGCGAAUAAUGUAAGCCAAGAUUUUCUGAAGGCCUGCUGUAAAGGUUUCUCGCCUUGUGCCUUGUUGUUUUGUUACUUCAACAACCGCGGUGCUUUUUUGGAAUAUCUACGAGUAUUUCAAGGCAAGUGGCUAAUAUUGAUUGGACCACAGCCCAGCCUCGGGAUACAUACAGACCCGAAUCCUCUCCAGCCGCAAUUUCCCAACGAGGAGUGGAUUUUAAGGGAACGCCUCAAUUGGACUGAUCGAAAUGUAGUAGCGUUUUACCAAAAAAUAGUUUAGGGUAGCGUUUAGUAUCUAUAAUUGUAGCAAUAAACUCUUGUCUUAAUUCCUA